AAUUAACCCUGGUAUGGAUUCUAUCAAUUAAAAGUUAUUUAAAAAAAAAAAGAAGAAGAAGAAGAUUAGGCUCAAAACUAAGUUUAUUGUGGAAAUUGGCAUUUUUUCUUUCUUUCAGAUUGGGAGGUCACAUCUGUAAACAAAAAGUUCAUUCCAAAACUGGGCAUUCCUGUGCAACAGUCAUAUCAAGAAAAACUCACAGCUGAUUACCCUUAUAUCUCUAAUUUGGAAGAAUCUUGGGAAUAUGAAUACAAUUCAGAGAGGAAGAAGAGUGAUAAAGAGAAAAUCCAUAAAGAAAAUAUCAUCCAAAGGAAACCACCCAGUAAAUUGAGAAAUCAUGAAUAUAAUAAAUAUGGUCAAAUCUUUGCUUUAAAGUCAGUUCUUUUUCCACAACAUAGACUCUUCAUAGGAAAGAAUCUUUCCAAAUGUUAUCCACAUAGAAAGGGAUUUAAACUCUAUUUAGAUCUAAGAAAAUACAAUGAAAGUUACUCAAAGAACACAUUUUCUAAGUAUAAUGUAAGAAGGAAAUAUUUCAGUUAUCAUUCAGAUCUUAUUGAAUAUCACAGAAUGCAUACUGGAAAAAAACAUCAUGAAAGUGGGAAGGCCACAUGGAAAAAACAACUUACUCAACAACAGAGAAUUCAUACUAUACAGAAACCUUAUGUAUAUUUUGAUUGUGGGAAAGCUUAUAAAAAAAUAAAACCUACUCAAAAUUUCAAAAUUCUUACUGGAGAUAAAUUUUAUAAAUGCAGAGAAUGUGGGAAAACUUUCCAACAGAGUAUACACUCCACUUUCUAUCAGAAAAUUCAUACUAGAGAGAAACCCUGUGCAUAUAAUCUAUAUGGGAAGCCUUUAACUACACCUCUUCCCUUUCUUUCAAUAAGAAAAUUCACAUUGGAAAAAAAUAUGAGUGUAAUGAAUGUAGGAAGGUUUUUAACCAGAGUACCAAACUAACUAAACAUCAAAAGAUUCACACUGUAGAGAAACAUGAUUCUAACAUGUGUAGGAAUACUUUCAACCAGAAUUCACAUCUUACUCAACACCUGAAGAUUCAUAAUGGAGAAAAAUGUUAUGAAUGGAAUAAAUGUGUGAAAACCUGGAAUUACUGUUCAGCCCUUGCUUCUCAUCUUAGAACUCAUACUGGAGAAAAACCUUAUGGAUGUAUUGAAUGUGGGAAAGCCUUUGGGAAAAGGACACAGCUUAUUCAACAUUGGAGAAUUCAUACUGGAGAGAAACCUUAUGACUGUAAUGAAUGUGGAAAGGCCUUCCGUCAGAGCUCACAGCUUACUCGACAUCAGAAAAUUCAUACGGGAGAAAAACCUUUUGAAUGUGAUGAAUGUGGGAGAGCCUUCCGCCAGAGAUCACUGCUCACUUACCAUCAGAGAAUUCAUACUGGAGAAAAACCUUAUGAAUGUAAUGAAUGUGGUAAGGCCUUUUGUCAGAGCACUGAACUUACUCAACAUCAUAGAAUUCAUACAAGUGAGAAGCCUUUUGAAUGUCAUGAAUGUGGUAUGGCCUUCCGCCUGAGUACUGGACUUACUCGCCAUCAGAAAAUCCAUACUGGAGAGAAACCUUAUGAAUGCAGUGAAUGUGGGAAGGCCUUCUGCCAGAGAGCAGAACUCACUGUACAUCAUAGAAUUCAUACAGGAGAGAAACCUUAUGUGUGCAAUGAAUGUGGAAAGGCCUUUCAUCAGAGCUCACAACUAACUCGGCAUCAAAAAAUUCAUACAGGAGAGAAACCUUAUAAGUGCAAUGAAUGUGGAAAAGCCUUCCGUUAGAGCUCAGAGCUUAUAUGACAUCAAAAAAUCCAUACAGGAGAGAAACCUUUUGAAUGUGAUGAAUGUGGGAGAGCCUUCCGCCAAAGAUCACAGCUUACUUACCACCAGAGAAUUCAUACUGGAGAAAAACCUUAUGAAUGUAAUGAAUGUGGUAAAGCCUUCUGUCAGAGCACCGAACUUACUCAACAUCAUAGAAUUCAUACUUGUGAGAAAUCUUUCAAAUGUAAGGAAUGUGGUAUGGCUUUUCAUCUCUGUGCUGUACUUACUCGCCUCAAAAUUCACACUGGAGAAAAACCUUAUAAAUGCAGUGAAUGCGGGAAGGCCUUCUGCCAGAGAGCAGAACUCACUGUACAUUAUAGAAUUCAUACAGGAGAGAAACCUUAUGUGUGCAAUGAAUGUGGGAUGACUUUCCGGCAGAGCUCACAACUGACUCCACAUCUUAGAAUUCAUACUGGAGAGAAACCUUAUAAAUGUAACGGAUGUGGAAAGGCUUUCAAUCGCAAUUCAUCCCUUGUUUCCCAUCACAGAAUUCAUACUGGAGAGAAACCUUAUCGUUGUAAUAAGUGUGGGAAGGCUUUUCGUCAGAAUACAGGACUUACUCGACAUCAAUGACUUCAUAUAGAAGAUAAAUCUUGUGGAUAUAACGAUUAAAAAAAGCUUUGCUCCAAAAUAAACA